AUGGACCUCAGCGACAUCACUCCCCAACUCGAUCAACUCGACCAGGAUUUGGACCAGGCAAAGGAAGUGCUGAAGCCCCUUCUCGGCGACCUCGGGGAUCUUUCUUCCAAGCUUCCACUCCUGGACAAGGCCAAGCUAUAUGUCCUGGCUACCUAUGCUAUAGAAUCCCUCCUCUUUUCCACCCUACGCUUGAAUGGGGUGGACACAAGGGAGCAUUCCAUCCUCACAGAGUUGACCCGUGUUAGGCAAUACAUGGAAAAGCUUCAAAAAGCCGAGGCCCCUCCUGUAGAGCGAGAGAACACUGUCAACACUGAAGCUGCAGCCCGCUUUCUCAAGUCUGAUCUUGGUGACAAUAAGGACCUUAAAGAAAAGCUGUCUGAGCUCAUAUCCAGGGAGCGAGCAAAGGCCGCAGCGAAAACAUCAGAGAAGAAACGCCCAGCGGAGGGUACCUCCACGACGCCCAGCCAAGCUGAGGAGAGCCUUCCAAAGCGACCGAAACGCAACGGGUCGAAGAAGAAGAAAUGA